AUGGCGUACGCUGCAGUCGACCCAGCUCGCUCGAGGACCUUCUCCUGGGUUUCAAACCAACUAGCUUCUCCACCUCCGUACGAGUAUCAUGAUGUUUUCCCAGCGAUUCCUGCUCCUGUCACGUAUUCAGUCGACCCUCCUCCAAAUCUCAGUUCGUUCCCGAAGGCCCAAGACAUGGGUGGGAUGCACGCUGACAUCUCGCGAGCAUCCCGUUCCCGGAGACCAGCGCAACCCCUGUCGAUCCCACACCUGCGAGAGGCCCUGCAUAGCCUUGAAUCAGAGAUGGCGUCAUUGCUGACCCAGCGGGAUCUGCUCGAGUCGAAACUGGAGCAGGCCGUGCGACUGCAGUCGCCCAUCCAGCGGCUGCCAAAUGAGCUCCUCGCUUCGAUCUUCGUGAUCGGCGUGCUAGAUGGAGAGGAGGAGGAUUCGCUCAUGAUGUCAACCCUGAUGCUCGUCUGCCGGUAUUGGCGAGAGGUCGCACUCGGUACUCCGGUGUUGUGGUCGCGGAUCGUAGCUGGCACACGGCAUUCGCUAGACAGAGUGCGAUUGAAGCUUGACAGGUCGAAGUCUGCGCCUCUGUACAUAUGCGUGGACUUCAGCCCACGGAUGGAGCAUGGCAGCGUCACGACGGAGAACAUCAUGCUAGCGAUGGACCUCUUACGUCCCUCGAUUUGGCGGUGGCGUUCAUUUCAGUUGACCAUCCUGAACCGCCCGCAGGCGCAUGCCGCGCUGACGCGAUGCAAGGAUCGUGCACCACUACUCGAGGUGCUCUCGGUGCGUGUCUCGCAUUCUAUGCAGGAAGACCACUACUCGCAUCCGCCACUCCCGCUCUUCGCCGCUUACACGCCCAACCUCCGCUCGUGCUCGUUCACCUCGUUUAACUUCAAUUGGGAUCUCAGACUCGUUAACCGGCUGCGCGUGCUCAAGUUGGGUGGAUACUGGAAUGGAUUCACGCCCUCCAUGGAUGUCAUCCUGGGGAUGCUCCGCGCGUGUCCGCAGCUGGAGGAGCUUGCACUGCGAAACAUGUCUGACGUGGACCCGGACUCAUGUGCGACGUUUGAUACUGACCCUCCCGAACAUGAUGGGGUUCCGGAGCAGCUCGUGCGGGUCAGCGAUUCCAGGACAAUCCAACUGCCGCGGCUCGUGAAGGCGUCGUUUUACUACUCCGGCGUUAGAAUCGAGCUGUGCUUCUUGGAUAAUGUCUCUCCGGUCGUGGAGCAUCUGCGGCGUCAGUCGUUGACUUCGCUGCCGUUGCACCACAUUCGCAUCGAAGCCAGUUUCUUCAAUGAGCUGAAGCUUGUGAGGUUACUGCGUCGGCUUCCUGCUCUGAUUACGCUCGAACUGGUGGAUGUGGAGGACGCCUCGUCAAAUUUGAUGAAGAAUCUGUCAACGCCACCGGCUUCGCAGACAUGGAUCUGUCCCAAGUUAACAAGUCUGAGUUUGGAAGGAUGCACCUCGCUUGACUGGGAAUCCUUACGGUCAUUCGUCGAAUCGCGCCUACCCGCCCAAACCCGCGCGUUUCCCCGCCAACUUCCCACCUCCGCAGAACCACAGCCAACGCACCCUUCGACGUCGUCAGCUUCGGAAUUCGCCGCACAUGCGCACAUUCUCUCGCGGGUGCCGGUCACUUCCUCCGCAAACCAAGCCCUGACUGCGCGCGUCUGGCCGCACCGCCUGCAGUCCGUCGACCUGACGCGCUGCCAUCAGAUCAGCAAGGAGAUGGUGCAAUGGUUGCGCAUGUAUGUCGCGGAGGUCAAGUGCGAGACUGUCAAAGGGCGUGAAGCUCUCGAACGAGCGACUGGCCAAGUCCCAGAGGCUCCGCCUGAGCCAGAGAUCGACCCAUGGCAGACGGAGUCAGCGUUUGGUGCCCAGCGACGCGCACUUGCUCCGCGGUUCGUGCCAGCAAUAGUUUCCUACGACGAGAUCAAUGAUAAGAUGAGCGAGACCUCGCUUGGUCCGGCUACGCGAGCGGAGCAGGUCAAUACCAAUGAUGUGAGCGGGUGGUACAGAUCUCUGACACAGCAGGCUCGAAGUACCAGCGCACCUGCAGUUGCAGUAGCAGUGUCGUCCACGGUGACUUCCACCAUUUCUCCUCUAGCCAGCCCAGCACCUGCCACGGCAGCGUCUAUUUCGAUUGCUCACCUAGCAGUGCCGCCUACAAGUCAGAGGCAAGAGGUAGACAGGAGGAAGAGCAAGAAAGAUUGGUUCAUCUCGAGGGCGCUUCAAUCUGAGCCAGCGACAACGCGGUCGACUCCUGCACCCACCCUUGCGGACAUUCUUUCGCGCGAGCCUCCUCCGCUGCCCUCAGAGAGGCGCUUUGCUCCGCCGGUGUUCCUUGCGCUCGGCCCGACGAACAAGGGUUUCGCUAUGCUCCAGCGGAGCGGAUGGAGCGAGGGAGAGCCUUUGGGUCCUGGGGUGCUGCGCCGUGCCGUAGCUAAGGAGUCGGAGACGUCAAGGAAGGCGAAGGCGAAGAAGGAUCGGCAGGAGAGGCCGAUAGUUGUCAAGAAGGAGGAGCGCGAAGUGAAGUGUGGGGACGAUGAGGAAAUCAGUGAACUGCGAGAGGUGGACGUAAUUGACCUCACGGUAUCCGACUCGGAGCGCGAAGAAGCGGAAGAAGAGGAGGAAGUAGAAGGCGAGUCACUGGAGGAUUUGUCCGGGACUUCCUAUUCCACCUUCUCUUCGCACAAUCCUACCGCACUGCUUACACCGCUCCCCACGGUGCUCAAAUCCGACCGCCUCGGAGUCGGAUUGAAGGCGAAGACUGUGGGGCCUUACAAGGAGUCGAAGAAGCGUAUCACACAUGGUGCCGCUGCGCUUGCGGCGCACAUUCGAGCGAACGAAGAGAUGCGGCGGACGAAGAAGCUCAUGGGGCGUGGUACGCGUGGAUUUGCAAGGAUAACCAAAGCGGAGGCGGAGAGCAGGCAGCGGCUGCUGGCGAGUCUGAAGGACUGA